AUGUCUGGAACUCAAGAGCCUAUCGCUAUUAUCGGAACUGCCUGCCGUUUCCCCGGAGGCUCUAACAGCCCUUCCAAGCUUUGGGAGUUGCUCAAGAACCCUCGUGAUGUUCUGAAGCGUGUUCCUUCCAACCGUUACAGUGUUGAGGCUUACUACCACCCCGACCCCACUCACCAUGGUACCACUGAUGUUCAGGAAUCUUACUUCCUGGAUGAGGACCCUCUUGCAUUCGACAAUGGUUUUUUCAAUAUUACCUCUGCCGAAUGUGAGGCUGCUGAUCCCCAGCACCGAAUGCUGCUGGAAUGUGUUUACGACUCCCUUACCGAUGCUGGCAUCCCAAUGGAGUCUCUACGCGGUUCCCAGACUUCGGCCUUUGUUGGUUUGAUGUGUGAUGACUGGAGUGGUUUGCUCACUCAGGACUGGGAUAACUACCCAAUGUAUGCUAGUACUGGUAUGGGCCGUAGUAUUGCGUCCAACCGUAUUUCCUACCUGUUCGAUUGGCAUGGUCCUUCCAUGACUAUCGAUACUGCUUGCUCAUCUAGUAUGGUUGCUUUGCACCAGGCUGCUAUGACUAUCCAGAGUGGAGAGUCUCGUGUUGCUCUUGCUGCUGGUUCUAAUUUGCUUCUGAGUCCCGCCAACUACAUUGCGGAGAGUAAGUUGCGCAUGCUGUCUCCUGACAGCCGUUCCCGCAUGUGGGAUGUUGAUGCGAACGGUUACGCUCGUGGUGAAGGUAUCGCCGCCGUGAUUAUGAAGUCCUUGAAGGACGCUAUUGCGGAUGGUGAUAACAUUCAAUGUGUGCUCCGUGGUAGCAUGGUCAACCAGGAUGGUCGUACUCCUGGUCUGACUAUGCCGAGCGGUAUCGCACAGGCUGAGUUGAUCAAACAAACCUAUAUCCGGGCUGGCCUGGACAUUAAUGUCAUGGAAGAUCGUCCUCAAUUCUUCCAGGCCCACGGUACUGGUACCCAGGCUGGAGAUCCUCAAGAAGCUCAGGCUAUUUCUACUGCCUACUUCGAGAACGGUAACCCUUCCCCAACUAAUGAGAAACUGCUGGUUGGUUCCGUCAAGACUGUGAUCGGACACACCGAAGGUACAGCUGGUCUGGCCAGUUUGAUCACCGCAAUUGAAGCCAUCCGUGAUGGCUACGUUCCUCCUAAUAUGCUUUUCAACACCUUGAACCCCAAGGUUGCUCCUUUCUACGACAACUUGGAGAUCCCCACUGAGGCUGUCAAGUGGCCUGCAGUCAAGCCUGGCCACCCUCGCCGGGCUAGUGUGAACAGUUUCGGUUUCGGUGGAACCAACGCUCACGCUAUCAUCGAGUCCUACGAGGGCCCUCAGCGCCUGGUUGCUGCUUCUGAGGGUCCCCAGAUCACUCCCUUUGUGUUCUCUGCCGCCUCGGACCCUUGCCUCCGCUCCAUCAUGAAGGAGCACAAGGAGUUCCUCGAGAACCACCCCGGUACCAACCUGCGUGACUUGGCUUUCACCCUGCAGGAUCGCCGCUCUGCUCUGCCUUACCGCGCCUCCAUCUCCGCUUCCAGCGUUGAUGAGCUGACUGCCAAGCUCGAGGCCCUGCUCGGCGACUCUGAUCUCAAGACUCGCUACUCCAACAAGCCCGAUGCUAAGAUCCUGGGUGUCUUCACUGGACAGGGUGCUCAGUGGCCUCGCAUGGGUGCCAAGCUCCUUGAGGUGUCACCUCUUGUCUCUGAGAUUGUUGACAAGCUCGACCAGUCGCUGGCUACUCUCCCUGUUACCGACCGCCCAUCCUGGACUAUCCGCGAUGAGCUCCUGGCUGCUGCUGACAAAUCUCGCAUGGCCGAGGCCGAGCUUUCCCAGCCUCUUUGCACUGCUGUCCAGGUGAUUCUGGUCAACCUGCUUCGCCUUGUUGGCAUUCAGCUCAAGGCUGUUGUUGGUCACUCCUCUGGUGAGAUCGGUGCCGCAUACGCCGCUGGCCUGGUCUCCGCUGAGGAUGCCAUCCGCAUCGCCUACUACCGUGGUUUCCACGCCAAGCUGGCCUGCUCUGCCGAUGGCGGUAAGGGUGCCAUGAUGGCUGUUGGUACCUCCCUUGAGGAUGCUCAGGAGUUCUGUGAGCUUGAGCAGUUCGAGGGCAGACUCAAGGUUGCUGCUUGCAACUCCUCUUCCAGUGUCACCAUCUCUGGUGACGAGGCUGCUAUCGAUGAGGCUAUUGAGAUUUUCAAGGACGAGCAGACUUUUGUUCGCAAGCUGAAGGUCGACACUGCUUACCACUCCCACCACAUGCUUCCUUGUGCCGGACCUUACCUUGAGUCUCUUGGCAACACUAACAAUGCCACUGAGUUUGAGAGCACUACCGUCUGGCACUCCAGUGUCACUCCUGGCCAGGUCAUGUCCAAGGAGAACCUCGUCUCUCAGUACUGGGUCGACAACAUGGUCAACCCUGUCAUGUUCGCCCCUGCUGUUACCAAGGCUCUUGAGGCUGAUGGUCCCUUUGAUCUGAUUCUGGAAGUUGGUCCCCACCCUGCCCUGAAGGGACCUGCUACCAGCACUCUCGAGGAGCUCAACCAGGCUGGCAUUCCUUACUCUGGUGUCCUCGGCCGUGGCAAGGAUGACCUGACUGAGUUCUCCAACGCUCUGGGCUUUGUCUGGACUCACCUCGGUCGCGAUGGUGUCUCUUUCAGCGCUUUCGAUCUUGCUUUCGAGGGCAAGCUCCAGCCCAAGCAGUUCCUGCCUGGUCUGCCUCUGUACCCCUUCAACCACAGCCGUACCUUUGGCAACCUGAGCCGUAUCUCUACUACUCACAUGAACAACCAUGCCAAGCUGCAUCCUCUGCUCGGUCGCCAGUGCAUUGAGAGCACUGCUAACCAGGAGGUCUCCUGGCGCAACGUCAUUCGUCCCAACGAGAUUUCUUGGUUGCGCUGCCACACUCUGCAAGGUCAGAUCAUUGCUCCUGCCACCGCAUAUGUCUCCAUGGCUAUGGAUGCUGCAGUGAUCCUGGCUACUCGCAACCCUGUCUCGCUGAAGCUUGAGGGCCUCUCCAUUGACCGUGCUAUGUCCUUCAAGGAUGAGGGCGCUGGACUCGAGGUUUACUGCACUGCUAAGAUCAUUGAGAACAACGAGUCUCAGCUUGUUCUGGAGUUUGCUUGCUACUCUAGCUUGGCUAACGAUGCCCCCAUGGUUCGCAACGCCUGUGGUCGUGUUAUUGCCGACUUUGAGCAAGUUGGAGCUGAUACCAUGCCCAUCAUCUCUUCUGAGUCCUUCAACCUCAUUCCCCAGGACAUUGGUAACUUCUACCAGGCCUUCUGGGACAUGGGUUACCACUACGAGACUCCUUUCAACGGUAUCCGCACUGUCAACCGCAAGCCCAACUAUGCUGAGGGUAUCCUUGAGGAUGUUUCCGGCACUGCUUGGGAGGAUGAGCUCACUGUUCACCCUGCUAUGCUGGACACUGCUCUGCAGACCUCCUCUGCUGCUUACUCUGCUCCCGGUGACAACCGCAUGUUCGCCAUGCGUAUUCCCACCUUCAUUGAGUCCAUUGUGGUCAACCCCCGCUUCACUCGCCUGGGUGAGGGCAAGCCUUCUGGAAUCAACUACCAGUCUGUCAUCACUGCUAGCCACCACGGUGAGACUCUUGCGGAUAUUCACCUGUUCACUGCCGAGGGCAACCAUUCCUUCGUCCAGGUUGAGGGUCUUACCCUGCGCCCAUUCUCUGCACCCACUCCUGAGGAUGACUCCACCAUUUUCUCUGACCUACAAUACAAGUCGAUGAACCUGGAUGGUGAGCUUGCUUUCGCUGGUGAGCAGCCCUCUGCUGCUGACAAGGAGAAGGCCUUGAACCUGGAGCGUGUCUCCUUCUUCUACAUCCGCAAGCUGGUCGACACUAUUACCGCUGAGGAGAAGGCCAACACCCUUCCCCACUACCAGAAGCUGCUCGAGUGGGCUGCUUAUGUUGAGGGCCUCGUCGCCAGUGGAUCCCAUGCCACUAUUGGUCUGGAGCACCUGAUGGACACCCAGGACGUUAUUAACGACUUGAUUGCCAACAACCAGGGUCCUGACUGGAAGAUGGUCCAGAUUGUCGGCGAGAACCUUCCCACUGCCAUUCGCGAGAACGAGAGCAUGAUCAAGUACAUGGCCAAGGAUGGAGCUCUGGCUGAGUUCUUCACCUCUAACCAGACUCCCAACAAGUGGCUUGCUCGCAUGGUUGAGCAGCUUGCUCACCGUUACCCUCGCAUGCACGCUCUCGAGGUUGGCGCCGAUACCUGGGGCUCUACCAAGGCCCUUCUUCCUGGUAUCGAGGACGCUUUCUCCUCUUACACCUUCACUCACGCCUCCAGCGCUAACCUUGAGGCUGGUGAGCAGGCUUAUGAGAAGUAUGGCCACCGCAUGCACUACAAGAUUUUUGACAUGGAGCGUGCUCCUGACUCUCAGGGAUUCACUGAGGGCUCCUACGACCUGGUUGUGGCUAACCUCAUUUGCCACGCCACUUCCAAGGUUGAGGAGGUCCUGAAGAACAUCCGCCAGCUUCUGCGCCCCGGUGCUUGGUUGAUGAUGCACGAGCUCACCAGCAACGACGCUCUUCGCAUGUCCUUCCCCAUGACUGGUCUGCCUACCUGGUGGUUGGGUGCCGACAGCGGUCGUCCUUGGGGCCCCAUGCUUUCCCUGGCUGAGUGGGAUGCUGCUCUGCAGAAGUGUGGUUUCUCCGGCAUUGAGACCUCUACUCCUUCUUGUGGAGCUACCCACCCAAGCGUUGUCUUUGCCGCUCAGGCUGUUGACAGUGGUAUCAACAUUCUCCGCUCUCCUCUGAGCGCUCCUGCCGAUGCCGCUGUCAAUGCUUCCAAGACUUUGACUAUCCUUGGUGGCACCACUUCUCAGGUCGAGCAGUUCACUGAGAAGCUCCUUGCUAACAUUGGUGACCGCUUCAAGACUAUCAUCCGCAUUCCUACUCUUGAGGAGACCCACAAGCAGGGCUUGGCUGAGGGCACUAGCAUUGUGUCUCUCUUGGAUCUGGACGAUCCUAUCAUGCGUGUUCCUUCUUCUGAGAAGCACGAUGCUCUCAAGUACUUGCUCCGCAACUCUAAGAACGUCCUCUGGACUACCUGCGGAUCUCGUGUUGCCACUCCUCACUCUAACAUGAUGGUCGCCUUCGGACGUACCAUGCGUGCUGAGAACCCUCACAUGCGCUUGCAAGUGUAUGACAUUGAGAAGGUUGACGAGGAGGGUGCGAAGAUCCUCGCUGAGGCUGUGCUCCGCCACGAGUUCUUGGAGACCAUUGCCAAGGAGAAGGCCGCCACUGGUCUUCUCUACAGCCCUGAGCCUGAGAUCUACAUGGAGGGUGGACGCGCUGUCAUUCCUCGCCUGUACCCCCGCAAGAAUGCUAACCUCCGCUACAACACCUCUCGCCGCGUGGUUACUCGCGAGGCUGACCCCAAGUCUGAGGCUGUUGUCCUCCGCAACAAUGGCAGCUCGGUCACUCUGCACGAUGUUUCUCCUCUGCGCCGUGUGACUCUGUCCGUUGCUCCUACUACCACCGUGCAGGUCUCCCACUCUCUCCUUGACUCGAUCUUCGUUGAGAAUGCUGGUUACCUCAUGCUUGCUGCUGGUACUGACUCCCAGACCAAGGAGAAUGUCUUCGCCUUUGGUCUGGCUGCUGAGAGCUCUGCUCCUUCUCUGUCCGCCUGGACUGUCCCCCAGAAGGGUGUCGAUGCUGUUGCUGGUAUUGCCUCUAUUGCGGCUUACCUGACUGCUGAGAAGAUUCUCAAGCUGGCCCUAACUGCUGGCACUGUCAUCGUUCACGACGCCGAGCGAUCUCUGGCUGAUGCUCUUCUGCGCACUGCCAAGUCCAAGGGUGUUCAGCUUCUGCUGACCACCUCCCAGAAGGUCCACCGCCCCGAGGCUAUCUACAUCCACCCUCGCCUUCCUCAGCGUCUCAUCUCUCGCCAAAUCCCCAAGAAGGUUUCCGCCUUUGUCAACCUUGAGCGCGAGAGCACUGCUGACAGCACUGGUCAAUUCAUUACCAAGUUCCUGUCUCGCAACUGCGUCAUCUUUGGCCGCUCUUCCGUGCUGGGAAGUGAAGUUGAGCUCUCUCUGGAGGUUUCCGUUGAGGAGGGACAGAAGGCGCUGCAGUCUGCCCUGAACAGCAUCGAGAACCUUGGUCUGAUUGAGGAGCCGUCUACUCCUGUCCUGAUCUCUGAGUGCCCUACUGCUGUCAAGAACGAGGGUGAUCUCACUGUCAUGGACUGGCGCGUUGAGUCUACCGCUGUUGAGGUCUCUGCCAUUGAUGACUGCACUAUCUUCGAUGCCAACAAGACCUAUGUCCUCUUCGGUCUUUCCGGCCAGGUUGGACAGGCUAUCGCCCAGUGGAUGAUCGAGCACGGUGCCCGACACGUUGUUCUGACCAGUCGUUCCCCCAAGGUUGACCCUCAAUUCGUUGAGGCCAUGGCCUUCCACGGUGCCACUCUUAGUGCCAUGUCUUGUGAUGUCACAAGCCGCGACUCUCUCAAGGCUCUCCUUGUUGAGGUCAAUGACAACAUGCCUCCUCUCGGUGGUGUUGCCAACGGUGCCAUGAUCAUGAAGGAUGCCAUCUUCGAGAACAUGUCCUUCGAGGACUUCAUGACCUGUCUCCGCCCCAAGGUUGAGGGUACCAUCCUGCUUGAUGAGCUCCUCUAUGACACUCCCCUGGAGUUCUUCAUUGUGUUCUCUUCUCUCACUGCAGUGACUGGAAACAGUGGUCAGUGCAACUAUGCCGCUGCCAACGCCUUCAUGGCUGCCAUGGCUCGCCAGCGCCGCGCUCGUGGUCUUGCCGCCUCUGCCAUGGAUAUCUCUUCCAUCGUCGGUCUUGGAUACGUUGAGCGCUCUACUCUCGACAACGAGCACUUCAACCGUCUGGGUCACAAGAACAUUGGUGACCAGGAUGUCCUCACCAUGUUUGCUGAGGCCAUUGCUACCGGUCACCCUGACUGCACUGAGGAUGCUGAGUUCGUGUCUGGAGUGUCGCGAAUUUACACCGAUGCUCCUAUCACUGGUCAGAUCCUGACUGACUUGAAGUUCGCUCACUUCGUCAAGGACCGCCCUGACAACUCUGCUCAGGCUGGCGGUGCCCAGACUGCUCCCGUUCGUGUUCAGCUGGGUGAUGCUGAGGAUCUUGCUCAGAUUGAGGAGAUUAUCAAGACCGGAUUUGUUGCCCGUCUCAAGAAGACCCUGCAGAUCCCCGAUGAGGACACCAUCAACGAGACCAUGUCUCUUAUCGAGCAGGGUGUCGACUCUCUCAUGGCUGUUGAGGUCCGCAGUUGGUUCCUGAAGGAGCUGGAUGUUGAUAUGCCCGUCCUCAAGGUUCUUGCUGGUGGUACCAUCCAGGACCUGGUUGCCGAUGCCAUUCCCCGACUCCCCGCUGGUAUGACCAAGAUCUCGACUGGAGGCGAAGAGGAGGUCAAGGCUGAGUCUGACUCUGCCUCCGCCACUGAGUCAUCUGAGAGUGGCAUUGAGACACCGGUCAGCAGUGCCUCAGUCGACCCCAAGGUUGCUACUGAGAACGGCCCGGCUGAGAUCCAGGUUCCUCUGUCCUUCGGUCAGAACCGUUUCUGGUUCCUGCACAACUACAUUGAGGACAAGAAGACCUUCAACAUGGCUGUCAUGUUCAAGCUCACCGGUGCUCUCCGCGUUGAUGACCUGAGCAAGGCUGUCGAGACUGUCGCUCAGCGCCACGAGAUCAUGCGCACUCGUAUCGUUCCCGAGGACGUCGAGGACUCUGAUGACGAGGAUGACGAGUCCACUGGUGAGCUGCGCCAGGGUAUCCUGUCCAAGCCUACUUUGAAGCUGGAGAAGCUGUCCGUCGCCCAGGAGCAAGUCGAUGAAGAGUUCAAGCGUAUGCACGAGCACGACUGGGACCUGCACAGCUGGGAGCCUCUCAAGAUCCGCCUGCUCACUGUCUCCGAGGAUGUUCACUACGUUCUGAUUGGUGCACACCACAUCGCCUUCGAUGGUUAUAGUUUCAGUGUUCUCUUCCUCGAGCUUGAGCAAGCCUACUCCGGCAAGCCCAUGGCCCCCAUGCCCCUUGCCAGCCAGUACCGCUCGUUUGGCCAGAAGCAGCGCGACGACUACGAGUCCGGCCGCAUGCAGAAGAGCAUCGACUUCCAGCGCAGUGCUCUCCCCACUGAUCUCCCUCCUAUCCCUCUCCUUCCCUUCGCCAAGGUUGAGACUCGCCCCCAGAUGCUCCGCUAUGGUCUGAACACCGCCUCCGCUACUCUGAGCCCUGCCCAGAGUGCCAAGAUCAAGGCCCUCGCUCGCCAAUCCAAGUCCACCAACUUCCACGUCUACGUCGCUCUGCUCCAAACCCAGAUCUACCGCCUUCUUCCCGAUCUCCAGGAAUUCUGCAUCGGUAUCGCCGACGCUAACCGUCUGGACCCCAAGUUCAUGGGCUCCAUGGGUUUCCUUCUCAACCUUCUCCCCAUCCACGUGCGCCGCGAGUUCUCCGAGAACCAGUUCAAGGAGAUGGUCCAGGACUCCCGCAACAAGAUCUACAAUGUUCUGCAGCACUCUCAGCUGCCCUUUGAUCUGCUCCUGAACGAGCUGAACAUUAACCGUGCCUCUGAGUCCAACCCUCUCUUCCAGGUGUUCGUCGACUACCGCCAAGUCCCGCAGGAUCGGGCCAGCUGGGGUGGUGACUGCACUGUGAGCGAGGAGCGAUGGGGCAAUGCCCAGACUGGAUAUGAUAUCUCUCUUGAGAUUACUGAGGACCGCAAUGGUGGUACCCUCUUCCAGCUUGGUCUUCAGGAUGCUUUGUACUCUCAGGAGAGCUCUGAGGCUAUGCUUAAGAGCUUCCUCUCUUUGGUCGAGGAGUACACUGCUUAA